ACAGUCUGCAAGUGCAACAGGACUCUGAAUGUUUUUAUCAGGGUCCUCAUUUUGCCGGUCAUUUUUUGCUCCCGUUUUAUUUAUAAUCUGUCACUUUAUUUUAUCGCGGCAUAUGACUAAUAAGCAUAGCUGCGGAGUCAGGCACGAAUAUUUUUGUCGUAAAAGCUAAAAGAAAUGAAUUAUUUGGUGAACAACGAAUGGGGGAAAAACCAAUAUCAGAAUUUGGGCGACGCCAGGAUCCAUCAAAAUGCGAAUGCGCGCUCGAUGGUCAGCACGGUGGUUGUUGGCUUAUGUAUUGGCCUGUUAGUAUUGUCACUGUGGAGCAUGAGCCAGCGACAUAUUGGGUAUGCCCUUAUUUUUAGUCUGGAUACAAGGCAAUCAUUGACCGCAAGAACUUCGACGAGAUUCUUGUCCUAUGGACUUGAUACCUCGUUGCUUAGGGACAUGCCAAAUCUACCUAUAAACGACAAAAGAUUUAUAAAUCUCGCUCGCCACUUAAGCCCAGCUUACGUUAGAGUAGGCGGCACAGCUGCUGACUGUUUGGUAUUUAAUCAGACCUUAUCUCCAACACCAGAAAAAGUGUUUGAUCCGGUCACUAGAAGUGAUAUUACAAAUUUUACAAUAACUGACAAGGAUUUUCUGGCUAUCUACAAUUUUGCUGAACAAAGUGGAGCCAGAAUGAUUUUCGAUUUGAACGUACUUUUGCGGCAACCGAAUGGUUACUGGGACUACAGUAAUGCUGAGCAAAUAAUUACAUUUGCUAAAGGACACAAUCUAGAGAUCGACUGGCAGUUGGGAAAUGAGCCCAACUCAUUCUACCAUGUCUUUGAGAGGAAUGUCACAGCCACCCAGUUAGCAACCGAUUACAUUACAUUGAGAGGUCUGUUGGAUAAAUCAGGAUAUGAAUCAAGUGAUAUAAUCGGUCCAGAAGUGAAUCACAUUGCUGAUGAAAAGCAUGCAGGUGAAAGAUAUGCUUCAGAGUUUCUGGAGUAUGGAGGAAGUAGUGUGACUUAUGUCUCCUGGCAUCAGUAUUAUUUGAAUGGACGGGAAGCCAAAGUGGAGGAUUUUGUGGAUCCUGCGGUCCUAAACGUCUUACCAAUACAAAUUAAGUCUGUUGCGGACGUCAUCGAUCGAUCGGGGAAAGAUGUUUACAUGUGGAUAUCUGAAACAAGUUCUGCCUAUGGGGGUGGCGCUCCGGAGUUAUCAGACAGAUUUGUUGCUGGCUUUUUGUGGCUAGAUAAGCUGGGAUACAGCGCAAGAGCAGGGGUUAAUGUUGUUACGAGACAGUCAUUAUUCGGAGGCAAUUACGCUAUGGUGUCACCCAAUUUAACUCCAAACCCAGAUUGGUGGGUGAGCGUAUUUUAUAAGCAAUUUGUAUCAGAGAAAGUAUUGAAAUUUGGAGAGCCAAGCGACGGACGAGUUAGAUUCUACCUACAUUGCACUCCGACAACAGCUCUAUUGAACAGAGUUCCUGCGGUGACAUCCUAUGGAGUUAACUUGAAUAAAGAACCGGUUAAAUUUUAUAAUCGGAUUCUUUAUGGAAUACCAAAGAUAGGUGUGAAAACUUUUCUUUACAUCCUCACCGCGGAUCACCUUACAUCCAGCUAUAUAAAAAUGAAUGGUGAAACGUUAAUGCUCAACAAAAAUGGUGAUCUUCCACCGUUCAACCCCAUAAUCGUCGAUCCCACACAGCCGAUUUUUAUCCCUGCAUAUUCCAUGAUUUUCAUGGUGUUCCAUGGAAUUGAAGUCCCGGCUUGCAUGACUUAGUCGAUAGCAAAAUACUUCAAUGACAAAUAUAAGUGUCUACAUAUUUUCAUAUAUGGUAUAACAUUAUGGGCCUUUGAAAGAUCUUUUGUGACAAUAAAAUGUAACUAAUAUCGAG